AAACUUCACACAAAAGCUCUUAUCUGAACCUGAGGGCCGGAUUAGGGUUAGGGUUUUUUAUUUUUAUUUAUUUUUCACAAUUAACCCUAAUCCCAAUUCUCAAUCUCCCUCUAAUCUCUCCCUAAUCAAUGGAUUUCGUUUGCAUUAAUGACAUGCUAAGAGACGAUGAGCUGCGAUCGAUUCUGUCAAGGCUUGAUGAUGACAAGGACAAGGAGAGAUUUGGUUUGGUGUGUAAGAGAUGGUUGUACUUGCAGAGUACGGAGAGGAAGAAGUUGUCCGUACGUGCCGGCCCACACUUGCUUAGAAAGAUAGCCGCCAGAUUCUCGCGACUUGUGGAAUUGGAUUUGUCGCAGUCUGUUUCGCGCUCUUUUUAUCCUGGUGUUACUGAUUCUGAUCUUGCUGUUAUUGCUGAUGGCUUUAAGUCCUUGAAGGUCCUCAAUUUGCAGAAUUGUAAAGGUAUUGCAGAUACAGGAAUGGUGUCGAUUGGAUGUGGUCUUUCUUCUUUACAGUCCUUGGAUGUAUCAUACUGUAGAAAGCUGACUGACAAGGGGUUGUCAGCUGUUGCUGAAGGCUGUCAUGACCUGCGGAGCCUGCAUCUUGCUGGCUGCAGAUUUGUAACUGAUGGGUUAUUACAAGCUAUUUCAAAAAACUGUUGCAAUUUAGAAGAGUUGGUCCUUCAAGGAUGCACUAACAUAAGUGACGUUGGUAUCACAGAUCUUGUAAAUGGAUGUCGAAAUAUAACUUUCUUAGAUAUUAACAAAUGCAGCAACAUUGGAGACACUGGGAUUUUUAGUGUUUCCAAGGCCUGUUCAGCUUCUCUCAAGACACUGAAGUUGUUGGAUUGUUAUAAAGUUGGAGAUGAUUCUUUAUUUUCUUUGGCCGAAUUUUGCAAAAAUCUUGAAACUCUAGUUAUUGGUGGUUGCCGGGACAUCUCUGAUGAGUCUUUAAAGUCACUGGCAGCUGCUUGUAAGAGUAGUUUAAAGAAAUUGCGGAUGGAUUGGUGUUUAAAUAUUUCCGACUCUUCAAUGAGCUGCAUCCUCACACAAUGCAGAAACCUAGAGGCUCUUGAUAUUGGGUGCUGUGAGCAAGUGACUGAUGCUGCCUUUGAGGGUUUGGGAGAAAUUGAAUUGAGUUUAAAAUUUUUGAUGGUUAACUGUCCAAAGGUUACUGUGGCAGGGAUAGGCAUGCUUUUGGACAGAUGCACCUCUCUGGAAUACCUUGAUGUGAGGUCCUGCCCACAUGUGACAAAGGUGGGUUGCGAGGAGGCUGGAUUGCAGUUUCCUCAAUGUUGUAAAGUGAAUUUUUUGGGAAGUUUGAAUGAGAUGGAUGUGUUUUGACAUCUGUCAAAAGUUUUCGAGAAAUUAUCCCCUGGGCUUACUUUGGGACAACAUAUGAGGUGUUGAACAUCGUCAGUCUCUUGCUCCUUUUGUACAUGUUAUGCUUCAAUCUUGGUUGUGUAGUAGUAGGGUGAUUUUAUAUGUUUAUCUCUCAAAAUGCAUAUGUAUAUUAUGCAAGUAUGUUGGAUUUUCUAUUUGUUUCCUCUUUAGAAGUGGAAUGUUGUAAUUUGUUCACUUGUUUCCAUAAAUUUGGUAUUUGGCAUCAUAAUAAGAUUCUGUUUAUGAUUCUUUA